AUGACUGGAAAACCAUCAGAUCUUUGUCACAUAUCGGGGAAGAAGAAGGUGUUAUCGGCGUCAAGCAGUAUGUCUGAUCAAGAGGAAUUGUUUGGGAUCAAAUAUGAGACUCUGAAGGAGGAUCAUGAGAAUCUGAAACAAGAUUACGCUAGUCUUGAGGAAAGGUUUAAGCUUGUAGAUGAAAUGAAUGACAUGUUGAAGUUGCAUCGUCAAAAUCAAAUUAAGGAUAUCGAGCCGGAAAAUCCACGCUUGCUCAAGGAUCUUGAGAGCGAGAGGAGUGAGAAGAGCAAGAUGGUUGAAAAAAUUAAGAGAAUGGUGAG